AUGGCUGGGGCUUUCCUACUCUGGCUACUUUCUUUUCAAUUUCUUCCUUGUGUCUCCCCUGCAAGAAACAUUUCCUCCAAGUGCCUGCAAGACACCGAAGAAUUUCUCUCUGAUCUGAAUUCAGCAGCACCCAAAGAAUAUGCACUCAGGAUGUACGACUCCGUGGGGAAGCUCGGGAGUAACGUUCUCAGUGGAAACAGGGACCGGCUGGGCUCCUACUCUGAGUGCCUCUCUGCCCACGCUCCUGGCGGCCACUUUCAUGGGCAGUACUGCAAGCUGUGGGUCCUGCAGGAUGGCACUGACUACAGUGUGGGGGUGUGUGUGCCUGACUCCUGCUCUGAAGAAGAGGUGACAAGGUUGUUUUUGCUGGGUAUUUUAAAAUUCCGAAAUGCUCCAUUUGAGGCUCCUUCCCUCGAACUCUUUGCUCUGAAUUCUUCCUCCUCGGAUGGAAGGCGUGUGGCCAGGUGUGCAUCUGGAAAGUUCCCCCUGGACACAUUUGUGGCAGUGUGUCUAUUCCUCACCCUGCUGGGUCUUGCCCUGCCCCUGACUGGGACCCUCUAUGUGGCAGUCAGGGGGUACAGGGACCGAGCAUCGCCUGAGCACGGAGUGCUGCUGGCCAGUUAUGGGAGCCUGGCUCUGGGAGAUCCAGAGAGGAGUCAACCGAGCAACAACACAAGGCGAGCAGGGCCUCCCAGCAGAGCACAAACCCAUGGCUGUGAGGGCUCAGCCACUACUCACAACGUGGCCUUUGUGGCUGUCAGCCUUCCAGGCCAGGUGGCUGCAGCCUGCCCAGGGUUUCAAGUGGCUGUGGCCCGUGUGCUGGUUUGCUUCUCUUGGCAGAAGAACAUAUCAGCCAUCUGGACCUCGGAGAUGCGAGGAGACACGUGCCUGGCACUGCAUGGCAUCCGGACCUUAAGUCUCCUCUGGAUCAUGUCCGGGCACACGGCUCAGAUGACCGCGUGGCUGUCUUUGGAUAAUGUGCUGGAGUGGGAGAGGAGGGUCCCCCGAAGCCCGCUGCACCUCUACUCACGGAGUGGCCCCUUCUAUCUGGGCGUCGACACAUUCUUUUUCAUCAGUGGCUGGUUAAGUGCAAGGUCACUUUUAAAGCUGCUUCAGAAUUCAGACCAAGGGAUGACGCUGAAGCUCCUACUCAGGUACUUCUUCAGCCGCCUUAUGAGGCUGCAGCCCCUUCACAUGUACUCCGUGUGCCUGUUGGUGGCUGUGUUCUCCCUUGCGCCCUGGGGACCCGUCUGGGAAGUGGCUGAGUUUCAUCUGGACAACUGUCACCAUGCCUGGUGGACAAACCUGCUGCUGCUGAAUAACUUCCUGUCAGUGCGCCAGGCGUGCAACGGCUGGACGUGGUACCUGGCCAACGACCUCCAGUUCCACCUCUUGGCGCCUGCCCUUGUCUUCAUCCAUGGAAAAAGCAAACUCCUCCUUGUCGUCCUUGGGAUCCUGCUGUUGCUGGUGUCCUUUACUGUCACAGCUCUACUCACGCUCCUGCAUCACCUGCCAGUGACUGCUCUGUCAGAAGCAAGUGAGGAUGCAUCUGCGCAAUACUUCCUGGAGUACUACACCAAGCCCUACUGCCGCUGUGGGCCCUUCCUUCUGGGCCUCUCUCUGGGACUUUUUGUACACCAGACAUCCCCAGCAACCAUCAGAACCACGACACAGGCUGUGCUGGGCUGGAUGUGCUCUCUGACCAUGCUGUUUGCAGUGGUCGCACUGGCAUAUGUGGUGGAUGAUGCCUCCGACACCAUCCCAGUGGCCAUAGCCCUCUACCAGGCCACACAUCGGACACUGUGGGCAGCAGCCGUAGGCUGGGUGGUGUUCGCUUGUCAGCAAGGUUAUGGAGGCCUGGUGAACCAGUUACUGUCUUGCAGCUUCUGGCGCUUUCUGGCCAACAUCAGCUAUGCCUGCUACUUGGUACACCCCAUUCUCAUCAUCCUCUACAAUGGGCUCCAGGAAACGCCCAUCCAUUAUACUGACACCAACAUGCUCUACCUCUUCCUGGGACACUCCUCACUUACCUUCACCUUGGGGCUGUUGCUGACACUGCUGGUCGAGAAGCCUUGGCUGGAACUAAGGCAGAGCCUGCUGGGGGCCAAGCCUAUGGGACCAUGAACCCUCUGACUGGAUCUGAGGGGUGUUGGCACAGAGCAAAGAUAGGGUGGCCUCACUUAGGCAACUGUGCGUGCUUUCCUGGCCAGGUCUGUACAUCUACUCUACCCUCCACCUGAUUUAUUAGCACUUCUUUGUGUUCACAGGACAACAUGAUUCUCUGAGUGUCUUUUUACUCAGCAUCUGCAGUGAGAUUUACCAUGUGUUUCCCCACAAGAAGGUUAAAAUAUCUAAAUUUUUUGGGUCUUGCUUGGCAUUGGUUUUUUCCCCUCUAUCAGCGAUCCUAGGAAUAUAGCAAAUGUGGCAAAUUAAA